AUGACGAGCGUUGCCAAUAAAUGGCUAGACGAGUUAUUCUAGCUCUUAUUGGUUCGCAGCUUUUUCCUGAUUCUAACAGCUAUGAUGUUAGUCUUAACUAUUUGCCGUUUCUGGGAGACCUGAGCAUAGCGGGUCGAAGGAGCUGGGGUUCAGCGACCCUUUGUUGUUUGUAUAGGAAUUUGUCUAAGGGGACUUGGCCUACUAGACAAGGCAUUGAUGGACCCUUGUUGUUGUUGCAGUACUGGGCGUGGGAAAGAUUUCCACGCAUUGCCCCACGAGUCACGCCAUUCAAACCGGAUGACGGAGAAGAAGAAGAGGUGUAUGAAUACGGAAGCUGUUUAGCAAACAAGUGGUGUGGAGACCACUCAAAUCGUGAUACACCGGGACACUGUAUAAUUUCGUUUCGUUCUUUUUUCAAUGCGCUAACACCUGACCAGUUCGAAUGGACUCCGUAUAACAACUUCAUCAACAUACUCCCCGCGAGUUGUAAGACUGGGCGAAGCAUAUGGAGAUACAUGGGCCCCUUGAUUUGUUGGGAGGAAGUGGAGUUCCAUCUAGCAGAUAGAGUUGCUAGACAGUUCGGCUUGAUACAAGCCAUUCCUGAUAAUGAUGCUUUGGUGGCCCCAGCACAGCAUAAGACCCUCAUCAAAAUGCGAAAAGCGAGGGUCGAUUACUGUGAAGUACAUGCCGACUAUAUCGACCAGUGGAACAACCGGGCGCAGCGGAUCCACCAGGGAGACCGAGGGGCCACCUGUGCACCAGGGUAUAUGCAGUGGUAUUUGGAGCGUACCGUCUUAACAGUCGGUAAGCCCGGUCAGCAACAGCCUCCAGGCCAGUACCCUCAAUGGGGCGUUACCCAACAGUUUUAUCAAGACAGUUUGGUACAGGUUGAUGAGCGAGCUCGUCAACAACAAGAAGCAAAUCCGCAGAUAAGUCACUUGUUUGGGGAUUUUAGAACAAUAACGAGGGAGACAUUUUCAUUGACUCAACAAGAAGAACGAAUGAAUUAUUCGUCUCAAAAUUGGCAGUUUCCUGAGCCACAGCCAUUUGAAAUGCCUCCCUCCCAAAGUUAUCAAGCUCCUUCCAGUUCUGGUGCUGGUCUUUCUAAUUGGGCAGGUGGUCCUUCCAGUUUUAAUACCCAAACUGUGUUUAGGCCGACACCCAAUUCAGGGUUUCAAAGUUACCAACCGGGUAACCCACAGCCUGGAGCCUCGACUUCAGCAACCCAUCAAAUGUUCCCGGGUAAUUUCUUUAUGGGUAGCUUUCAAACCCCGAAUUAUUAUACCCAAAAUGCAGGACCAACUAAUCUGUUUGAUCUCCCUCCACAUCAUUUUAAUCCUGAUUUGUACUACGGAACUGGUCCACCGGCUCGAAACAUUUCUCCUUAUCCGAUGCAAGACUUCUCUCCUUAUAUUGGUUCUUCUCAACUGCCAGCUACAAAUCUGGCAAAUGAUGAAGGAGAAGAAGAGGACGACGUGUUCGAACCAAGAAGAAGUAACCGAGAACGUGGCAAUCCACCGGGAUGUGGAACUGGGGGGCAUAGAUAAAUUAUAUUUUUCAUGUAAUUCUUUGUUAGGUUUGUGUUAAUAACUUUCUGUAUAUUUUAUAAAUAAAUAUAUUUUUUUAAUAA